UAAUUCUUAUCUUCUAGUUUAGCUUACAAAAUAUUGGCAGAAAGUUGUAGGCGAAUGCUUUGCAUAGCGAGUACAUUGCUAGUUACCGUUUUGACAGAGCACCUCGCUAUGUUCACCUAAGUUGGACCCCCACUAUUCUUUUAAAAAUUGCGCGUUACGGUUUUUCACAUAUCGUGCGUGAGCUUAGUUAGGUUACAUUUAAUUUCACACACGAUCUGUGGCCACCAAGUAAAAGGGAACGAAGUCUUAAAUUUCUAUCCUUGUUUUUGCGCCCAUGAUUAUUGCUUCAAAAGAGGCGAUCAGAGUGGCAGGGUUAUAUCGAUUGGUAAUUUUAUGGCAUUUUAUGGGAUUCCUAAUGCAUUUUUCGUGGUGUUGCAAACCGAAACGCAAACAUAGUAUAUCCUCAUCUUUCAUUGAUGGCAAACCGUACUCUGGUUUAUUGAAUGCUGGCGAAGAUGAUGAAAUGAAAAUAACAGGCUAUCGUCGGUCACGUAGUCGUACAUUGUUAUGUUGGUUAUGUAUUUGCUUGACUGGUGGCUUAUUACGUUUGAUUAUGCAUUGGUGGCGUCAUUGGUACUUAAUUGCUACACAUGUGGUGUGUACUCUGGAGGAAGCUGAUAAGGUAUUGGUUGAAGAAGAUUAUAAAGGAAAACAUAAAAUUUAUUACGUUAAACCAAUAAUACAGUUAGAUUACAAUACUUUAAAACAAGAGCAAAUAAAGAAAACGGAGCGAGAAAGACAUACUAGAAGAAAAAAUGAGGAUGACAUCGCUAAGACUGAAGACGUUGGAUCAAUUCUCGAUAUGGAUGAAAAAAAUUUUCAUUUGUCUUUGCAUUUCUCUGCAGGACAAUUUAAAUAUUACAAAAAUGUCCGUAUGUUUAAUUGCAAACAAUUGCGUUAUGCUUGGAAUGUUCAGACAAAAACCUUUGAUAAGCUGCAUGGGUUAGAUGUCAAUGUAGUUAAUGCUUACUUUUAUCAACAGAAGGGUUUGGGUACCCAAGAGCAAUUGGCUCGUCGCCUAGUCUACGGCAUUAAUGAGAUUACGGUUCCUUAUAAGGAUAUAAAAACAUUACUCUUUCUAGAAGUACUUAAUCCAUUCUAUGUAUUUCAAAUAUUCUCAGUUGUUCUUUGGUUCACCUAUGAUUACUACUACUACGCUUGUGUAAUCGUGUUAAUGUCUGUCUUCGGCAUUAGUAUGUCGAUACUGCAAACUAAAAAAAAUCAAGACGCUCUACAUGAAACUGUGCAAAAUACUGGCUCCGCUUUAAUUGUGACCGAAAAAGGCGGGAUAACCGAAGUGCCUACACAUUAUUUAGUGCCUGGUGAUAUAAUUGAAAUACCACCUGCGGGUUGUACCAUGCAAUGUGAUGCUGUCUUACUAUCUGGUAAUUGCAUUCUUGACGAAUCCAUGUUAACGGGUGAAAGCGUACCAGUUACUAAAACUCCUCUACCUAUGAAACGUGACGUCAUCUUUCAUAAGAAAGAUCAUACUCGUCAUACUUUAUUCUGUGGCACAAAAGUUAUACAAACGCGUUACAUUGGUUCAGAAAAAGUUUUGGCCUCAGUUAUUAAUACAGGCAAUAUAACUGCCAAGGGUGGUCUUAUACGUUCUAUAUUAUACCCGCCUCCAGUUGAUUAUAAAUUUGAGCAAGACUCUUAUAAAUUUAUUGAAUUUUUAGGUUUAAUUGCCCUCAUCGGUUUUGUUCAUACUCUUGUUAGUAAGAUAUUGCGUGGGGUAGAUCCUGUUAAAAUUGCCGUGGAAUCAUUAGAUUUAAUAACCAUUGUGGUACCACCUGCUUUGCCAGCCGCCAUGACUGUUGGUCGUUUCUAUGCUCAAAAACGUCUGGAACGUAGCAACAUCUAUUGCAUCUCGCCACGCUCCAUCAAUGUUGCUGGCAGUAUUGAUUGCUGCUGCUUUGACAAGACCGGAACUUUAACUGAAGAUGGCUUAGAUAUGUGGGGUGUAGUGCCAAAAUCGGCUACUAAUCAAUUCCAAAUACCUAUAAAACAAAUUGAACGUUUGCCUUGUGAUAAGUUUUUAUUUGGUAUGGUGACUUGCCAUAGCAUAACAGUGAUGAACGGUAAAAUCAUGGGCGAUCCUCUCGAUUUAAAAAUGUUUGAAUCCACUGGUUGGAUAUUGGAAGAUCCACAAGAUAUACCUGAUAACCGAAAGUAUGGACUAUUAUACCCUACUAUUGUAAGGCAACCAAAAUUAAGCAAAUGUGAUCAAGAUGCAGAAAAAUAUCCAACGGCAAGAUUAGCUGACCGUCAAUCAUCGGUUGAUGAUUUACUUUCGAACGUGGGUCUAUUGAAUGGAGAAUCUAGUAAUGAUCACGGCAUUGUGCGAGAAUAUCCAUUUACUUCCAAUUUGCAACGUAUGUCUGUGAUUACGCGACGUCUUAGUGAAAAGAACUUCAAUGUUUAUUGCAAGGGAUCGCCGGAAAUGUUGCAACAGCUAUGUUCCCCGAAGAGUAUACCUGAUAAUUAUAGCCAGCAGCUGGCGGCGUUUGCUAAGCAAGGUUACCGGGUAAUAGCAAUGGCCUAUAAAGCUCUUAGUCCAAAAGUAAAUUAUACCAAAGUUCAACGUUUAGCUCGUGAAAAUGUCGAAAGUGAUUUAGAAUUUUUAGGUUUUGUAGUUUUGGAAAAUCGUCUCAAGCCUGAUACUACUGAAGUAAUAGAGGCUCUAAGCAAAGCAAACAUACGCUCCAUUAUGGUAACGGGCGACAACAUAUUGACAGCACUAAGUGUGGCACGUGAUUGCGGUAUUGUAAGUCCUACACAAGCUAUGGUGACCGUUAAUGUCAGAAAUCGUAACCUUGAUAGAGUGGGCGAUAGCAUACAAUCUGAUAGCUAUGAAUUGUAUUACACUUUAGACUUGGGCAGCAAAAACUGCGUGAGCAGUACUAUGGCUAAUGGCGACACUAACGGUAUAAUAAGUAAUUCCACUACCAAAAAUUCUUUGGCUUAUGAUAACAACUACCAUUUACUGAACGGUGAUGUGGCUUCUCUAAACAGCACAGCUUCUAUAACGCUGCCAAAGAGUGAAAACUGCGGUAGCGUUGAGACCAUAGCAACUUGGACUCAUAAUGACGUAGAACUGGGUCUAAAUAUGCCCCUGGAAAGCGAGCCACCGCCUAUUACCACUAUGGAAUGGCGAGAUAAUUAUCGCUUUGCCAUGUCUGGUGGAACUUGGCAAAUUGUUCGCGAUCAUUUCCCUGAUUUAUUACGUAAUUUUUUGACACGUGGUGUCAUUUAUGCCCGUAUGUCGCCUGAACAAAAACAAGCGUUAGUUACGGAGUUGCAAAGUUUGGAUUAUUGUGUCGCUAUGUGCGGUGAUGGGGCUAACGAUUGUGGCGCGUUGAAAGUGGCUCAUACGGGUAUUUCGCUAAGUGAAACGGAAUCCUCAAUAGCCUCUCCCUUCACCUCGCGUAAUUCUACCAUAGCGGCAGUGCCGAAUGUUAUACGCGAGGGUCGGGCUGCUUUGGUUACAUCAUUCGGCAUUUUUAAAUAUAUGGCGGCCUAUUCGAUGGUACAGUUCAUAUCGGUAAUGAUAUUGUACUCAAUCGAUUCGAACUUAACAGACAAGCAGUUUUUGUAUAUCGAUCUGGGUUUGAUAUCAGUAUUUGCGUUCUUCUUUGGUAAAACGGAAGCUUUUGAAGGUCCGUUGGCUAAGCAAGUACCCUUAUCUUCAUUGAUUUCACUGGCGCCCUUAGCUUCUGUAGUCUUGCAUUUACUUGUGGUAAUAGCAUUUCAAGUUGCUGGAUGGUUUCAACUUCAUCAGCAGCCAUGGUUUGUGCCUUUUGAACAUUCUAGCGAUGAGCAUUUGGGUUGCUUUGAAAAUUACACAAUGUUUGCUAUAUCCGGUUUUCAAUACAUUAUUUUGGCUUUUGUAUUUUCCAAAGGUGCCCCUUAUCGCUGUCCUAUAUGGUCGAACAUACCAUUUUGCUUCGCUUUAGUUGUAAAUCUAUCCAUCAUCAUCUACCUCGUAGUAUAUCCGGCUGAAUGGCUAACCGAUUUUUUACAGUUGAUCGUACCAGAAAGCAUGGAUUUUCGUUAUUGGAUGUUAGGUUAUGGUGUAGUGAAUUUUUUAAUCCAUAUAAUGGUGGAAACUGUAAUAGUGGAAUAUAUGCUAUUCAAAAAAUUUCAAGCACGAAGAGAUCAUGACUUGCGUACAUCAAAACGGCGUUAUAUGCAAAUUGAAUAUGAAAUGCAAUUUUAUCGAAAUUGGCCUCAGAUAACAGAAGAGAUUGAAACGUAUGACAAUAAGCAAAUGGAACAAGAUUCGAACCCUACUUACUUUGAAAUCAGUGCGGAACAAAACUUUGACACGCCAACUUUCGGCCGUACCCCGUUAAACAGUUUCUUCGAUGCGGAUUCAGCCCAAGCAACAACAACUGUAGUCACUGGAGCUCAAACGAUACCCUGAACUAAAUUUAGAUAAUAUCACAAUAAGGACGUGAAAUUGAAAAAAAAAA